AUUGAGUUUAUUCCUCUCAGGAAAACACGCAGCAUAAUCACGCUGUCCACAGUACAAGCGUGAUUUUGACACUCUGACAGAGUGUAGGAAGCGACACAGUCUUGUUUUAUUUUACUUUUUGACUUCGUAUAACUGCGUUUCACUUGAUCAUCUCUCUUUAUUCCUCCGCGUCUCUGUUAUUUUACCUCAGUUGUUUCGACACGAUCAUGAUCACCUCCACCCCGGUGGACAGCCGCGCCCCCGCCACGCGCUCCUCCAGGCGCAGCGGCGCGACUCCGGCCAGCGUCAGCCCAACGCGUGUCACGCGCCUUCAGGAGAAGGAGGAUCUGCGACACCUCAAUGACCGGCUGGCCAACUACAUCGAGCGGGUCCGGCAGCUGGAGAAUGACAAGUCCUCAAUGCAGCUCCUGUUGGAGGAGAAGGAGGAGAGCCAAGUGCGUGAAGUGGGAAAUGUGCGCCGCCUGUACGAAACCGAACUGGCGGACGCGCGCAAAAGUCUGGACGCGACCGCGAACGAGCGGGCCAGACUGCAGAUUGAGUUAACACGGCUGCUGGAGGAGCACAGAAAACUCACUACCAGGAAUAAUAAGAAAGAGACCGAACUAAACACGGCUCUCAGUCAUUGGCGAAAUCUUGAAGCCGCUUUGAACUCUAAAGAAGCAGAUUAUACAAAUUUACUCUCCACUAACCGUAGACUGGAGAAUGACAUUACCGACCUCAAAACACAAGUGUCUAAUCUGGAGUCGGCCCUGCAGAACGCUAAGAGUCAGCUGAGCGCUGAACUGCUUUGCCGUGCGGAUGCUGAAAAUCAGUUCCAGACGCUUCAGGAUCAACUCGAAUUUCAGAAACAUCUCGGCGACCAGGAGGUUCGGGAGAUGCGCAGUCGAUACGAGAGCCGGCUGGUGGAGGUGGACUCGGGUAGACAGAAGGAGUUUGAGGGUAAACUAGCUGAAGCCAUGAAACAGCUCAGAGAGGAACAUGAAGCUCAAAUCAGCCAGUACAAAGAAGAACUGGAGAAAACCUUUUCUGCUAAGUUGAGAUGCAGGACAGGUGUAGUUCAGGUCGGGACACUGGAGAGACAGGACGAGGCAGUAACCAGCACAGACAGGACUCGCUCGGUUCCUCAUCUUUCUGUUAUGCUGGAGAACGCAAAGCAGACGGCUGUGAAAAACAGCGAUUUUGCAUCUUCAACGAGAGAGGAGCUGGCGGGUACCAAACUCCGACUGGAGGCUCAGUCUGUGCAGAUCAACAGUCUGCAGAAACAGAACUCUGCGUUGGAGUCCCGUGUUAAUGAGCUGGAGCAGAUGCUGGAUCGUGAAAGACAGAUCAGUCAACACCGACUCUCUCAGAAAGAUCAGGAAAUGGCCGCCAUGAGACAACAGAUGCAAGGACAGCUGGAGGAGUACCAGAACCUUCUAGAUGUCAAGCUCAUGCUCGAUAUGGAAAUCAACGCUUACCGUAAGAUGCUGGAGGGAGAGGAGAAACGAUUGAAUCUUUCACCGAGUCCAAUCCAGCAGUCGACAAUCUCUCGCACACACUCGCAACCUAUUCGUAAAAUCUGGGGAAAGAAACGCAAGCAUGAAGGCUCCAGUAGCGGUCUCUCACCCAACUACAAGUUUGCCCAGCAUUCCUCCUCCCGAGGACACUUGACGAUAGAGGAGAUUGAUAUGGAUGGGAAGUUCAUCAAGAUCAAAAAUAAUUCAGAGAAGGAUCAACCAUUAGGAGGCUGGGUGCUAAGAAAGCGUCAGCCAGACACACCUGAUAUUGUCUUCCAGAUUCCCUCACCUUGUGUACUGAGUGCAGGCCAGAUGCUGACGAUCUGGGCUGCAGGUGCAGGGGUGGAGCAGAACUCUGUUGGUAGUCUGGUACUGAGGACACACGACACAUGGGGCCCGUUUGGUGAAGUCAGCGUGACCCUAUUAAACUCACAGAUGGAGGAAGUGGCAGAGUUUUGUCAGGUGUGUGUUCAGGGAAAAGCUGAUGAUGAUCCAGAUGAUGAUGAAAACAUGGUGACACCUGAUAUUCCUAUGCGACGACAGUCUAAAAGAAGGAAAAAGAAAUGUUGCUCUCUGUCGUGAUGCAUCUCAGAGCAGACGUGACCGCAGGUUAGGAGUCAUAAUCAGGAUCUCACCUGUGGGGUCAUGUAGGAGAUUCGUCUGUGCCAACCCAGCGAGUAUUUGAAGAGGAUGUGUCCAUGAAUCUAACUUAUUUAAUAAAUGUCCUGUCAAGAUUUUUACAUUGAUGUAUUUGAUGCUGUUUGUUCUAAUAAAUAAAACUGAAAUGAAAGAAACUGAGUUAACAAUAAAUGCAUUUAGCAAAAA